AUGUUUUAUGAAAGGCUCUCGGGCAACAGCCUGCUCUGCGUUGCCAAAUUGGCAGGGGGUGUGAGCUUUAUGCUUUACGGCUACGAUGCUGGCGUCUUGGGAGGAGUUCAGUCAACAAAGCCGUUUCUUGAUGCCAUCCAGAAUCCCAAAGGAAGUUAUAUUAUUCCGAUGAUUGCUUCCUCCUACAGUCUAUCUGCCACAUUGAGUUCCGUCAUCUGCAUGUUCACGGGUAUGAAGAUGGGUCGCAGAAACUCUAUUUUGAUGGGAAAUGCUAUCGUGGUAAUCGGCGGAGCCCUCCAGGCUUCGUCUUUUUCCGUGGCUCAAAUCAUUGUCGGCAGACUUUUAUCUGGAUUUGGCAUGGGCUUCAUCUCAGCUACUGUUCCAAUGUAUAUCUCUGAACUUUCUAUUGAAGCUUCCCAGAGGGGACCGGCCGUGGGAUGGCAAAUUGUGAUUCUGAUCAGCGGCAUUCCUCUAGCUUACUGGAUAGACCUGGGUUUCACUCAAAUGACCAACCAAGUUUCCUGGCGCUUUCCCAUCGCAUUGCAAUCAGGCUUCGCGUUCACUUCCGCUACCUUGUUUUCCGUCCUUCCCGAUACACCCCGCUGGUACUAUGCUAACAGCCGGGAACGGGAGGGAGACUUGAUUCUGUCCAAACUCCAUGAAAAACCAAUUGACGACGCUCGAGUACAAGCAAUGCGCUGUGAAAUUUUGGAAAAUAUCAAGUUUGAGCGAGAAGCUGGGCAUAGUUUCCGGAUCAUGGAUUUGAUCUGGGAUAAGUCUGAUCUCCGUGUUGGCCGACGACUGCGUACUGGAUUUAUCCUCUAUAUGCUUGACAACCUGAUGGGUAUUAAUAUGAUGGUCUACUUCUCCACUACGAUAUUUGCCAAUAUAGGCCUGUCUUCAUUCUUGUCGCAUGUUCUCGCGGCAGUGAUGAACACUCUGUUUGCCAUUGGUUGUGUAGCCAUGCCGCUGACUGUUGAGCGAUUUGGACGCCGGAACCUCAUGCUAUGGGGCGGUAUGGGCUGUACCAUCUGCAUGCUGCUCUUCGUCCUUCUGAUUUGUCUACCGGAGCACUUGAUCAACAAUAAGACGCGGUGGUCUGCUGUGGCCAUGGUAGUUUGCUUCAACUUUUUCUUCGGUUGGGGCUGGGUCGGCGUUCCGUGGCUUUAUCCAUCCGAAAUUUCACCACUUCAGCAGCGGCACAUAGGCGGCGCGAUGGCUGCCCUUGGAGAAUGGCUAUUUGCUUUUGUCACAAUUUUCGCCGGCGGCAUCGCGCUUGACCGUGUUGGGCCAAUGAUUUGGAUUUGGAAUCUGCUUUCUUGCGCUCUCGCUGUCGUUUACGUUUACUUCUGUUGUCCUGAGACAACUGGUCUUUCUCUCGAAGAGGUUGACAUACUAUACGCAAAGUCUGAGGUAAAGGAAAGGUUGCUGACUAUGCGGGAGAAUGGUAAUAACUCAUCUGUGGAAGAGAAGAGUAGCGUAUUGCAGCACAUUAAAGCGACUGGGGCUGCAGCGUAG